UGGCGGGCCGGGCCUCCUCGGCAGGUCGCGGCUCCUCCCCGGCGCUCUGAGUCACGGCCCGGCCCCGCUUGCACAAACUCUGCGGUCGGUGCCGAGCGGGGGCCGCCCGCUGUGAGGGCGCGGCGGGGGUGGGGGGGGCGCGGGGCAGGAUGCCCGCCCUGAGGGGACGGAGCCUCCGGGGCGGGCGGGCGUGAGGGCGCUCCCGCCCGAGGGAUCAACGGCGGCCUCGCCGUCCCGUAGCGGACGGCGAUUUACCUGGCUGGCCGCCUCCCUCCGUCCUUCCCUCCCUCCUCCCUUCUUUCCCGGAGCCGGUCGUUUCGGCGGAGAGGGAGUGGAGCCCGCCUCGCCCCGCCCCGGGGAAACUUUCCGUCGCCGCCGCCCGCGCCAGCGUUGGUCGCAAACUUCUGGGAGAGGACCCGGGCUUCGCGCAGGGCUGCGAGUGCCGAGUGGAAAGCUGAAUGCUGCUGAAAGGUGUCAGCUGAAGAAACUUUAGUUGAAGAUCAUUCACAAAUGGAAGAGCUGCUGCCAGAGCAAACUUUUCCUUGCUGACCUGUUGACAUGCUCUAAUUGCAGAUUUCUGUGGAUACCAAAGCUCAGGACACAAUAUCAAUCUCAUCAUGACGCUUGAACAUCUGUAGCUCAGUGGAGGAUUUAGAAGAAUUCAGCAUGGCCUAGUUGACUUGACCUUUGGAGAAUUUAUAAUGUCCUCUGGAACCAGUAUCAGCAAAAAUCGGCAGGCUCCCCGCCUGCAGGGUGUUGACCCAGAAACAUGCAUGAUAGUGUUUAGAACACACUGGGCACAGGUUCUGAAAAUCUUGGAGAAGCAUGAUCCUUUGAAAAACACGCAGGCAAAGUAUGGGGCAAUCUCACCUGAUGAGGCCAGCACUGUUCAGAAUUAUGUGGAGCACAUGCUUUUCUUAUUAAUUGAGGAGCAAGCAAAGGAUGCCUCAAUGGGGCCUAUUCUGGAGUUUGUGGUCUCAGAAAACAUCAUGGAGAAGCUUUUCCUUUGGAGCCUACGGCGAGAGUUCACGGAUGAGACAAAAAUUGAGCAACUCAAAAUGUACGAAAUGCUAGUAACCCAGUCUCAUCAGCCUUUGCUGCAUCACAAGCCCAUUUUGAAGCCUUUGAUGAUGUUGCUGAGUUCCUGCUCAGGAACAGCCACUCCAACAGUGGAAACAGAGUUGGUCGUCCUCUUGAACCAGCUCUGCUCAAUCAUCGCCAAAGAUCCCUCCAUUUUAGAACUGUUUUUCCACACUAGUGAGGACCAAGGAGCUGCCAAUUUCCUCAUAUUUUCCCUGCUGAUUCCCUUCAUCCAUCGAGAAGGAACAGUAGGCCAGCAGGCCCGUGAUGCGCUGCUUUUCAUAAUGUCUUUGUCUGCAGAAAACAACCUUGUUGCAAACCACAUAGCGGAAAACACCUAUUUUUGCCCAGUGCUAGCAACAGGACUAAGUGGCCUCUAUUCAUCUUUGCCUACAAAGCUGGAAGAAAAAGGAGAAGAAUGGCACUGUCUGCUGAAAGAUGACUGGCUUUUGUCACCAGCCCUUGUGCAAUUCAUGAAUUCCCUUGAAUUUUGCAAUGCUGUGAUACAGGUGGCACAUCCCUCGAUACGUACCCAGCUUGUGAAUUACAUUUACAAUGGAUUUUUGGUGCCAGUAAUGGCUCCUGCGCUCCAUAAGGUGACUGUGGAAGAAGUGAUGACUACUACUGCAUACCUGGAUCUCUUUUUGCGCAGCGUUUCAGAACCAGCCCUCCUCAAGAUUUUCCUCCGCUUUAUUUUGCUGCACCGACAUGAGAAUGUGCAUAUCCUGGAUACACUGACCAGCAGAAUCAACACACCAUUCCGGCUCUGUGUGGUCUCCUUGGCAUUGUUCAGAACGCUCAUUGGCUUGCAUUGUGAAGAUGUGAUGUUACAGCUAGUUUUAAGGUAUCUGAUUCCUUGCAACCACAUGAUGUUGAGCCAGCGACGCGCUGUGAAAGAGAGAGACUGUUAUUCUGUAUCUGCUGCAAAACUGCUGGCCCUGACGCCAGUCUGCUGCUCUACUGGAAUCACUUUGACACUUGAAAGCCAAGGAAAAGAUUAUAUUCUGUGGACAAAAGCAGCACAAACUAAAGAUUCUGGUAGACGCUCUUUGGAAUCUACUUGCAUUGUGGAAUAUGGAAGAGCUGUGGACAUCAGCUACUUGCAGUACCUGGGGGAAGCUCAAGAAGCCAUCAUCCAGUGCUUGAAAGAUUGUAAAGUUUGGUCUGCCUUGUACGAUGGAGUAAACCCUGAUCCAGACACCUUUAUCCAAACGCUUGCAGAGGAGAACAGUACAGAUGUGGAGCAUCCCAUGUUUCAGCUCCAGCAAAGGACACCCAGCACAUGCAGCUCCUCUCGAGUAACUCCAUUCAGUGACAAGAUGCAGCUGGAGCUAGAAUGGGAUGAUAGCUAUGACACAGGGAUUUCUCCUGGUUCUAAUGUGAGCUCACCGCAACCAUAUGAUGAUCUGGGAAGCACAGAAAUGGAGCCACCUGCAGAGCCACCGAAACACAUACAAGAAAUGAAAAAAAAUGCCAUUAUGCUCAUCAAAGGUUCUUACAUAGAGGAAUCAGACUUUCAGGAUGAUGUUAUGGUUUACAGGUUAUGUGCCCAGAAGGAUACUCAAGAUGAUGACGGCUCCAAGGAGAAAACUUUAAAUGCAGACAGAGAACAUAAGGUCCAAAGCCAGACAGUAGUCAAUGGGCCUCUUGCAAAGACCCAGCUGGAAACGGGCUUGGAUGAGCACAGUAGGAGAAAUUCAAGCUCAACUCAAUGUGUGAUGAAAGAACAAAUAAACCAGAAAAUGACUGAGAUUGAUCCACAGCCAGACUCGGAGUUGAAGAUUUCUUCUCAGGAGGCAGAUUGUAACUUAAGACUGCUGAGCACAGAUGGUGAGGAUUUCAUUGCACAGUAUGACAAAAUUAUUAAGGAACUGGAUCCAAACAGUGCAAGCUUGGAGGAACAGAAACUGGAUACUCCUGACCCUGUCUCUCCAGCAGAAGAGGAGGAGGACUUUGAGAAUUUUUCAACAGACACCCCUUCUGCAGAGAGCAUAUCAUCUCCCUUUGGACCAAAGGAGGAUGUCUCUCCUAAGCACACUUCGAGGAGCCAGAGUGCUCCGUUUACAGGACCGUUCAUCAGUGUAGUGUUGUCAAAGCUGGAGAACAUGCUGGAGAAUUCCUUGCAUGUAAAUCUGCUGCUUAUUGGGAUUAUUACUCAGCUGGCAAGUUAUCCACAGCCACUUCUUCGCUCCUUCCUGCUCAACACCAACAUGGUGUUUCAGCCUAGCGUGCGGUCACUCUAUCAGGUGCUGGCAUCUGUGAAAAAUAAGAUUGAGCAUUUUGCUUCCAUUGAAAAAGACUUUCCAGGUCUUCUUCUGGAGGCCCAACAGUACUUGCUUUUUCGUGUGGACAUGUCUGAUGCUGCAGAAGAAUUGCUAACCAAAGGUAAUGUCCAGCACAGCAGUAUCGCAGGGAAAGGAAGGAACCUCUCUGAAGCCUACCCAGCUGUACUGCAGCCUUUCCUGGGGCAGAAAGGAAAGAAAAGCCUGGCUCAUCCCAGCCUUCCUGCGCAUGUGAGGAACGCCGUGCUUGCAGCUGCCCUCUUCCCGGAGUUCCUGAAGGAGUUGGCAGCUCUAGCCCAAGAACAUUCCAUUUUAUGUUACAAAGUACUGGGGGAUUUUGAAGAUUAUUAUUAGUGGGGUUUUUCAACAUGUUUUUAAAAAGCUUUUGGAGUUUAAACAGAUUUUUGAUGCAAAGCUGCUUACAAAAGAAGGUUGUACUUCAAUAUUUCCUGAAAAUACUUGAUUUAGAGGGGGAAGAAGGAGGCAAAAUACUAUUCCAGUUAGGCCUUAUAAUUUCCCUGUGUGCUACAUAACUUAUUUGAGAGAUUUCUGAUACUGCUCUGACUGCAGCUUCCUUCCUCAUCCCUUCCUCUUUACACAGCCACCGUUCUUUAGUGUUAUUAAUUCCUGUUGAAUUUCUGCAAUAGACUACUUGUAGGAUGGCUAAGAGAAGCAAACAUGUUAGCUUCUUCUGUUCCAGAUACACACUUCUGGAUAACUUGUUAGGAGACUG